UCAGUAAUGUUCAACAAUGAGCUGAUGGCAGAUGUUCACUUUGUGGUGGGUCAGCCUGGAAGGACCCAGCGGCUGCCGGGACACAGAUAUGUUUUGGCUGUGGGCAGCUCAGUGUUCCAUGCCAUGUUUUAUGGGGAACUUGCUGAGAACGAUGAUGAAAUCCAUAUUCCAGAUGUGGAACCAGCAGCAUUUCUGGCAAUGCUGAAGUACAUUUACUGUGAUGAAAUUGACCUGAGUGCUGACACAGUGUUGGCCACUCUUUACGCUGCCAAGAAGUACAUUGUCCCUCACCUGGCACGUGCCUGCGUCAACUUCUUGGAGACCAGUCUGAGCGCCAAGAAUGCCUGCGUGUUACUCUCCCAGAGCUGCCUGUUCGAGGAGCCGGAGCUGACGCAGCGUUGCUGGGAAGUGAUUGAUGCCCAGGCCGAGCUGGCGUUAUGCUCGGAGGGCUUCUGCGACAUCGACUCCCAGACCCUCGAGAGUAUCCUACAGCGCGAGACACUCAAUGCUAAAGAGAUAGUGGUGUUUGAAGCGGCACUCAGCUGGGCUGAGGCUGAGUGCCAGAGACGGGACCUCACCUUGUCGACUGACAACAGGCGUAAGGUGUUGGGCAAGGCCAUGUACCUGAUACGUAUCCCUACAAUGGCUCUGGAUGACUUUGCCAAUGGAGCAGCCCAGUCGGGAGUGUUGACACUUAAUGAGACCAAUGACAUCUUCCUGUGGUACACAGCGGCAAAGAAGCCUGAGCUGGAGUUUGUCAGCAUGCCUAGAAAAGGUCUGACACCCCAGCGCUGCCACAGAUUCCAGUCAUGUGCCUACCGAAGCAAUCAGUGGCGCUAUCGGGGCCGCUGCGACAGCAUACAGUUUGCAGUGGAUAAAAGAGUUUUUAUCGCUGGGUUUGGUCUGUAUGGAUCUAGCUGUGGAUCAGCAGAGUACAGUGCCAAGAUUGAGUUGAAACGUCAAGGAGUAAUGCUGGGACAAAACCUCAGCAAAUACUUCUCUGAUGGUUCCAGCAACACCUUCCCAGUGUGGUUUGAGUAUCCAGUGCAGAUCGAGCCCGACACCUUCUACACUGCUAGUGUGGUUCUGGAUGGGAAUGAGCUCAGCUACUUUGGACAGGAAGGGAUGACAGAGGUGCAGUGUGGGAAAGUGACAUUUCAGUACCAGUGCUCCUCGGACAGCACUAAUGGCACUGGGGUGCAGGGGGGGCAGAUUCCUGAGCUCAUCUUCUACGCUUGAUAACCCCAUGCAUAUAAAUGACUGAUGUUCAAUGCACUUAUGGACAAAAUAAACGUAUCACUUUGCGCAUAGUGUCACUUUCUGGUAUUUAUUUUUGUCACCGUUGAGCUAAAAACGCUAAUUUCAGACCUGUGAUAGGGUCUUGUGUGGUUUUCAUUUCAGUAAUCGGUCCACUUGAGUAGGACCAGAUAGAUGUCCCCAGAUGAGGAAUUUUCCAAAUUAUGGAUAAACAAAAAUUCUAAAAAAAUAAAAAUAUCUUGCACUAGACGUGCAUGUAUAAAUGCAUAUAUGUUAGUUCUGAAGUGUAUAAUGCCACAAUGGUGGCCAAUGCGGGGCACAAAGAUAUUGUAUAUGAUGAAUAUGCUACAGUUUGUUUAUUAUUUCUAUGCUUGCAUAGAAUGCACAUACAGUAUAUAGCAGCAAUACUUCACAUUCUAUAUUCUCCAAUGAGCAUUUCAUAUCAUGACUCAGUCUGGACCAUCAGCAUUAUAAAGAAUCUAAAAAAGGCUGUAUGAUACUCAAUACCAACAUAAAAUGUCAUUAGGCAUGUAUGUAGUGGUUUGAAUUUAAUCUGCAGCUUUUGAUACUUUGAAUCUAGUAACAUGGCACCUAUAGAUGCAUCGAUGUGAUCAAAUUCACUUACACCUGAUACAAUGAAAAAAAUAUUUGGUUCAAUCUGUCAGCAUUGCAGAGCUUACAGCAUGGGCUGAACUGUUACAUUUCCGCUAACCCUUACUACUAAUUGUUCUGGCGCCUUGGUUUUGUUUACAGCGAAAAGAUCAAUGACUGAUUCAGUGUUACAAACUGUUUAUCUUACUGUAUGAACUUCUACUUCUCUUUGUUAAGAACUCUGAUCUGCUUAGCACUCCCUCCCAAUGUGACCAUACACACAGUAUUUGCUUACUGUAUAUGCUACAUAAUGCACUGAUUUUGGUUUGUAACCUAUUUUGUUAUUUAGUUUUACAUGCUGUUUUAAAUUAGGCAGACUAUUUUUGAUUUACUGUGCUACUGAGUAUUUCUUUCUGGUGUAGGAUAAACAUCCAUGCGUUUGUCUGCUGUGACAAAGGAUGGGCAAACUGGUGUUGAUGUCCUGUGUGUACGUGCUACAGUGCUGGGAGACAUACGGAUGUCUAUGAUUGUUGAAGAUGCAAAUAAACAGAACAAGC